CUUAAACAUACAACAGCCAGUAUCAAUAAUUUGUUAUAAGAUAUGAUAGAUCUUAAACAUACCCUAUAUAGAUCUACAGAUAUAAUAAUUCUAAUUUUUAAUAUGUGUACCUGUUUCUUUGAAAAUCAAUUUCAAGUUAGAAGUUAGCCAGUCGGAUAAUCGGUUGUCAUUUGACUUUCAAAUAGAAUCUGAGCGAGAUUUCACCUCGCAGCUAGAUCGUCUCCCGUGGAGUUCAACAGUUCGUCGUCAUUCGGCUUGAAGUGAAAACGAACAAGAACAGAAACUUUGGACGAUAUAUGCAUGGUGGGCCAGUGUUCUUAUUUUGAAGAUGAUGUCCUUGACUUGGAUCACAGGACGAGUUCGUGUUGCCAAACAGGUGAUACAUAGCGAGGAGGAUAGAAUAUGGAUGAAAGGAAAUCAAGUGAUAAUGUGCCCAAAUGGUGGUGGACAUCCGGCAGUGGAUCGUAUCAGAAGUGCUCAUUAUAAUGAUCUAGCAAUUGUUUUACCAUAUCUAUUGAUCGUACCGAUUUGGUUGAAUACCUCUCCAUGUUUUUUCUCAGCGAGAACGAUUAUGUUAAUAUUUGCUAUCAGUAAUAUAUUAUCGACUUUAAUGCAUUUGGAAAUAAUCGAGGCACCUAAUCUUUAUCAUAUCGUAUGCCGUAUCUGUUGUACCGCCAUUUUAAUGUACAUUUGUCUAUCUUGUAUGGUACGAUAUUUACAUAUCAUUUAAAAAUUACAUAUAUAUAUAUAUAUAAUACCUCUUUCAUUAGGUUUUUUAUAAAUCGUAUAAGAUGUUUUCAAUGGUCUGCAUGCUAUGUCUGUAUCUCUUUAUUUCUAUCUCCUUUAUUUCUCAUCUCUUUCAUUCGAUGACUAACAAUUAUAAGAUAAUUUAAUGUAAUAAUAUCAAUCAUCUGAGUCAUCGUAUUCGUACAAAGCGAUAAUUUAUAUAUUCAUUUUUUUAUUAUUAUUUUAUUUUCAAUAAAAUCGUAGCCGAAACACAAUAGUUUUUGUAUUUUUUUUAUAAUUUCUUUUUUUUUAUUUUUUAUAAGCGCGUAAAAAAA